UGGGUACCAACAGUAUCAGUGACGUCAGAAGUUUAUCUCCGACGCGACGUUCAAAAUAAAAUCAUAAGUCAUACGAGUACGUUCAUCCAAAUCACAAAGGCUGUGAUCCAAAUCUAACCACAAAAGAACAAGGUUAUGUUGCUUAGGAAGGUACUUAAUAAUUAUAGAUGUAGAAGAUUAUGUAGCACAGAACGUACUUUUGAAGAAAUUAAAAUCCCAGUCCCUUGGGGUCACUUAGCUGCAAAAUGGUGGGGUCCCCAAAAUUCACGCCCAAUUCUUGCUUUCCACGGCUGGUUGGACAACUCGGGAACGUUUGAUCGGUUGGUGCCACAUCUGCCCGCAAACAUUGGAAUCUUAGCGGUCGAUUACCCAGGACAUGGUCUAUCGUCGCACCUUCCUAAUGGUUUUGUCUAUCACAUCAUCGACGCGAUGUUUCUAUUCAAGAGAGUGAUCGAUUACUUUAAGUGGGAAAAGGUGUCAUUCAUGGCACACUCCGUCGGAGCGAUGUACAGCUUUACUUACACCAUGUUCUACCCAGACAAAGUCGAUUUUCUAAUAUUCUUCGACGGACUAUUUUACGUAUUCAAACAAGAUACACUCGCAAAAAAAAUGAGUAGAACAAUCGACAACUUCUUACGAUACGACAAUUUAAUGACCACCAAAUCUCUGCCUCCAUCUUACACCUACGCCGAACUUAUAGAGCUUCAACAUACUGGUUCUCUGAAAUCCAUUCACGCGGAUUGCGCUAAAUACAUCCUCCAUAGAAACAUUAAAUCUGUCGAUUCAAAACCGGGAAUGUAUCAAUUUACGAGGGAUUUAAGGCUAAAAGUGCCAACGCUGAUGAGAUGGACCGAAGAGACGAUAGUGGAAUCUGCCAAAAGAGUCAAGUGCCCCUUGUUUUUUAGUUUAGGGAAAAGUAGCUACUUGCGAAAGACCGGUUCAUUUCCUGUCAUGCAGAACGUGUUAAAUACAAUUAGGCAAAAUAAUGACCAUGUGCAUGAAUACCAUCUGGAAGGAACACAUCACCUGCAUUUAAAUACGCCUGAACAACUUUAUCCUUUAGUUAAUGAAUUUCUUAGUAAGUAUUACCGUGAUGAUAACUGUUAGAAUGUCAAAGACGUUGAUAUUUUAUUUGUUGUUACAUUAAAAAAUGUUUUCCCAGG